AAGAAUCAUUACCGCAAAAGAAGAGCUGGUUAAGGCAAGACUUUCAUUUGUUUUAGUAAUUCAAGUUCCCUGAGAUCUCAAGGAGUAAAAGCAUCAUGCCUUUUGUGAAGAGCCCCUACAGUAACCUCUGCACCGUCGGCCGUUUCCCAGCCAUUAAACUGUGGGCGGAUGAUUGCUGGAAAGGAGCAUAUGCACCAGUACACACUAACCCUUGUGUCAACCCUUGUGCAAAUCCUUGCGAUAACACUUGGGUCCACCCGCACUACAACCCUUGUGUGAACCCAGGCGCAAACCCUUGCAAAUAUGUCACACCAUGCCGUGAUUACGAUUGCAAGGAAGUUCUGAUCAAGGAUUGUGCAGAUGAUUGCCUAACCAAGCGUGUCUGUGGAACCGAUGAUGUUGCCCUGCGGGUCUGUAAACUUGACCUCCUGAAGUGCAGGACUGGACAGAAUCGACUGGAGCAUCACACAAACUGCUUCCAUGAUGAUCACCUCAUCGUCCGCAGAGGACAGUGUUUUAAUGUGUGGGUUGAUCUGUCCCGAACCUUUAAUCCAAGCUGUGACCAACUUCACCUGGAGCUGAAACUAGGUCAUGUCCCAUCAAUCCGGGAUGGCACGUACGUGAUUGUUCCAUUGGUGGAUGAGUUUAAGAAAAAUUGCUGGGGGGCAAAGAUUGUUGAACGGGGACAAAACCGAAUCAAACUCAGUAUUAACUCCGAUCCAACUGCUUGCAUUGGACGAUACCAGCUCAGUGUCGUAACACACUGUCAAGGCAGCAGAUACAUUUCACAAUGCAUCCCUGAAAAUGACAUUUACAUGCUGUUCAACCCCUGGUGUAGAGAUGACUGUGUGUACCUAGAAGAUGAGGCUCAGAGAACCGAGUAUGUGCUGAAUGACAUGGGCAGAAUCUACUAUGGAACGAAGCAACAGAUUGGUUGCAGAACAUGGAACUUUGGUCAAUUUGAUGAGGGAAUCUUGCAUGCAUGCAUGUAUGUGUUGGAGAAGAGUUCUGCUCCUUGCUCAGGAUGGGGAUGCCCCGUUAACAUCGCCAGACUGGCAUCUGACAUGGUUAUCGCAAACAAUGACUGUGGUGUGUUGAUGGGUAACUGGUCAAACUGCUACGGAGGUGGGAUUGCUCCAACAUCCUGGUGUGGUAGCAGUGCUAUCCUGAAGCAGUACCACAAAUUUGGAGGAGUGCCUGUCAAAUACGGACAGAGCUUGGCCUUUGCUGGAGUCACCAACACGGUGUUGAGGUGUUUAGGCAUCCCCACUCGUCCCAUUUCAAACUUCUUAUCUGCUCAUGACACUGAUGUUUGCUUGACAACGGAUGUCUAUUUAGAUGAGAAAUUUCAGCUAAUUGAUCAUCUAAACCGUGAUUCAAUCUGGAACUACCACGUGUGGAACGAGGCCUGGAUGAACCGGAAAGACCUGCCAUCUGGUUUCGGAGGUUGGCAGGUGGUUGAUUCCACUCCUCAGCUAACCAGCCAUGGCUUCAACCGCUGUGGCCCCACCUCUGUUGCUGCAAUUCGUAGCGGCCAGGUCUUCCUGAAGCAUGACGCACCCUUCCUUUUUGCCGAAGUGAACAAUGAUAGAGUCUACUGGCAGCGGAAAUGUAAUGGGACCUUUGAUGUUGUCCAUGUUGAGAAGGACAUUGUCGGUCACUGCAUCAGCACCAAGGCUGUUGGCUCAGAUCAACGAGUUGAUAUCACUCACCUUUAUAAACACGCACUAGGUACGGAGGAGAAGUGUGCCGCUUUGGACACUGCCUGUCGCUAUGGUUCCAAGCGAUGCACAUACCCAUUGCCCGGCACUGCGGAAGUAGUGUGUGAAGUCGGCCUGCAGGGGGAGGGACCAUGCAUCGGCAAGGAUGCUGUGCUUAGUAUCAAUCUGAAAAACAAAUGCGGCUCACCUCGUAGCCUCACACUCUACAGCCAUGCAACAUCCAUGUUCUACACCGGCAUCCACAAGGCCUUACUGAAGAGAGAUCAGACAUGCAUUGAACUCAAGGCCAGCGAAUCCAAGACUCUGGAAUGGACCCUGCGUUAUGAUGAGUAUAAGGAUCACCUGGUGGAUCACGCUCCACUGAUGCUCAAUCUCUUCGGACAGGUCACUCAGACUAAGCAGGUUGUGGCCACCCAGUACAACUUCAGACUGCGCACACCCGAUCUUGUGAUUUCUCCUGUAUGUGAUGCAAUUGUGGGCAAAGAGGUGGUAGUUAAAGUCACCUUCCAGAACCCACUUCGUUGCGUCCUGAAGAACGUGGUCUUCCGUUUUGUGGGACUGGGACUGCUGCAUCCCAGAAUUGUUAACUAUGGCGAAAUUGCAAGCCAAGCCACAGUGUGCCUGACGGAGAGAUUUGUUCCCUUGCACUGCGGCCCUCAAAAGCUUCUGACCUCACUCGACUGUCCUCAGCUCACCCAGGUGCAUGGAUUUGCCAACAUCGUUGUCAAUAAGUAAUGUUAAGGCAAUCAAAUAACCAAAGGAAAGGAAACGUCUCCAUUGAAACGAAAGUGCUAGCGACAACCAUGUCCCAGUUAAACCUUUCAAUAUUCUAAAUAGCAGCUGUUAGUUCCUCUUAACAUACAAGCUGUAACCUUUGGUAAUUCAAUUGUUUCCUUUUAGUAGUAUUUUGGGAUGUGGCAUUUAUGGGGUUUACUUAGUAUAAGAGAGAUUAUAAAUGAUAAUGAAUGAAAUGUGUUUCCUGGUGAUGGUUAUUCUGUCCUUUAUGUAACUUUAGCCUUAAUAAAAUAUU